GUGGUCCUUGCAAUUUGCACGUGGAACGUUGUCGGACGUACUGGUUCAGCGCUGGUCAGUUUUACUUGAUACAAAUUGAUCAUCUCGACCAGGACAACAAUUUAUCAUGGCAAGUACCAAGGUCGAUAAUCCUGAAAAACCAGGACAAGAAGUUGCCCCGAUUCAUCGAAUCAGGAUCACGCUCACGUCCCGCAACGUUCGCUCCCUCGAGAAAGUAUGCUCGGAACUGAUCAAUGGGGCCAAGAAGCAAAAGCUGAAGGUUAAAGGACCUGUCCGUAUGCCUACCAAGGUUCUGAGAAUAACGACUCGUAAAACACCCUGUGGUGAAGGUUCGAAAACAUGGGAUCGAUUCCAGAUGAGAAUUCACAAAAGAGUGAUCGAUUUAUAUUCGCCAUCAGAGAUUGUGAAACAAAUCACAAGUAUUUCCAUUGAACCUGGUGUAGAGGUAGAGGUGACGAUUGCUAAUGAAUAGAUAAUUUUUAUUGAAACUGUGAAAAUGUUUUAAUAAAAAUGUAAAAAACUGAA